AUGGCGAAGCCGGCCGCCACAACGCUGUACUGCAAGGCGGGUCCCGACGGCAAAUCGCUGGGCGACUGCCCCUUCGCGCACUCCGUGCGGAUGGCGCUGGGUCUGAAGAAUGUGGAGUAUGAAGUUGUCCCCUGUACCGAGGAAACGAAGCCAAGCUGGCUGGUAGAGGAGUGCCGAGGGAGGAUGCCCUGCGUCUGUCACAAGGGCGAGCCGCACGUGGAAACGUCCGAGAUCCUGGCCUGGAUCGACGCCGAGUUCCCUGCGCCCGCGCUGGCGGCCCCCGACGAGACGGCUGAGAAGGUCAAGAGCUUCGGCAUCUUUCCGGCAAUUGCCGGGUUCACGAAGAACACCGAGGAAGCUCGCGAUGCCGAGCUCCGUGCGAAGCUGGUGACGGCGCCGCUCGGCCGAAAUGGGCACCGACAAGGGAGACCCCAGGCUGCUGCUGGGCUAGGACACGCGCGAGGCACAUACGGCAAGGAGGCAUGCUGUCGCAGCUGGGCCGACAUCUGGGCGCCGGGGAGGGUUUUCUUGCCGGUCCAGAGCCCUCUCUACUGGACUGUGACAUCCUUCCAAAGCUGUAUGUCCUGUCAGUGGCCACGGCCCAUUUCAAGGGCUUCCAUCUGCAGGACGUCGUGGAGGGUGGUGAGGCUUUGCGGGCCUACAUCAGUCGAGGCUCGGCACUCCCGGCCUUCGCGUCUGGUGUGUACGGCGAGGACGUGUGCCUCUGGGGCUGGGGAUCAGCUCGGGGAGGCUGCGGUGCUCUCAGAGUUCCGUUGUAGACUUUGGAGCCUGAAGCUCGGCGAAGGAACUGCCUGCGGCUUGCAGCCGGGCGCCUCGCGCCAUCGGACACUGCCGUUUGCAACGGCCAAGGGCGGCCUCAUCCUUGGGCCCGUGGGUCUCGUGUGUGUGGCAGCGCUGUCACAUCAUUGCAUGGGGCUUUUGCUCAAGCUGGCAACCAGGACGAGCACCAGGUCCUUCGGCACCCUGGCAUCGAGCAUCCUUGGCCGACGGGCGAAGGUCUUAGUGGACUUCUGCCUCAUCCUCACGCAGUAUGGCUUUGCCAUAGCUGACAUCAUCUUCAUUGCCCGGGUCUGCUUUGUGGGCUUCCACUGCGCGCUGGCUCUGAAGAAGAGCAGCUGGGUGGGAGGGGAUGGGGUGCUGGGCCUGGACAACUUCAACGCCUACUACCCCGUGGGCAUCAAGUACGAUCGGGUGGCGGACCUCAACGACCGAAGCUUCCUGGACCACAUUCUGAAGGAGUACGGCGUCACGCACGUCCUGGCUCUAGCAGCCCAGGCCGGCGUGAGAUAUGCCACCAAGGACCCGGCAUCCUAUGUCUCCUCGAACAUCUCCGGCUUCGUGAAUCUUUUGGAGGCGUGUCGCUUUUGCGACCCCAAGCCCAGGGUGGUCUACGCGUCCUCGAGCUCCGUGUACGGCCUGAACACCGUGAGCCCCUUCUCCGAGGCGCACCAGGUGGACCGGCCGGCGAGCCUCUACGCGGCCACCAAGAAGGCCAACGAGAUGAUCGCGCACACCUACAACCACAUCUAUGGCCUCUCCCUGACGGGGCUCCGGUUCUUCACGGUCUACGGGCCCUGGGGCCGGCCCGACAUGUUCGCCUUCUCGGCGACAAUCAAGAUCCACAAGGGGGAGGCCCUGAAAAUCUUCCAGGGCCCUGGGGGCUCUGAGUUGGAGCGGGACUCUAGGAUGCCCAGUAGUACCCUGUUUCCCUUUUUGGGGGGUUUAGGUUCCCUUACAAACCCCUUUAAGAUCCCGCAGUCCACCAAGGAAACGGCCCACUGCAAGGUCUAUAACCUCGGGAACAAGGAUCCGGUGACGGUCACCUACAUGAUUGAGUGCCUGGAGAGGGCGAUAGGGAAGAAGGCGAUUAAGAACUAUGUCCCCAUGCCCCCGACCGGAGACGUGCUCAAGACCAGCGCCGACGUGUCCUUGGCAGAGAAAGAGCUUGGCUACAAGCCCACGACCCCAUUGCAGGAAGGCAUCAACAAGUUUAUCGGAUGGUACGAUGAGUACUACAAGGAAGGACUGACCAAAGAGAUGUCCACAUAUGUUCCAUACUAA